AUGGCAACCCAAGUUCAGCCAGAGACGAGUAGGCCAAAGACCGAAGUCCAGCCAUGCAGGUAUAAAACAGGCAAAACACUGGGAGCUGGAUCGUACUCCGUCGUGAAGGAGUGUGUGCAUAUCGAUACAGGACGGUAUUAUGCUGCAAAGGUUAUCAAUAAACGUUUGAUGGCUGGGAGAGAACAUAUGGUUCGAAAUGAGAUUGCCGUACUGAAAAGAGUCUCUAUGGGACAUCAGAAUAUCCUUACCUUAGUGGACUAUUUUGAGACUAUGAACAACUUGUAUCUCGUCACCGAUCUUGCCCUGGGAGGGGAAUUAUUUGAUCGAAUUUGCCGAAAAGGAAGUUACUACGAGUCUGACGCGGCUGAUCUUAUUCGAGCUACAUUAUCCGCAGUAGCAUACCUCCACGAUCAUGGCAUCGUCCACAGAGACUUGAAACCUGAAAACCUUCUCUUUCGCACCCCUGAAGAUAAUGCUGAUCUUCUAAUUGCUGAUUUCGGUCUCUCGAGGAUAAUGGAUGAGGAGCAGUUCCACGUUUUGACAACAACAUGCGGUACCCCCGGUUACAUGGCCCCGGAAAUUUUCAAAAAGAGUGGACACGGAAAGCCUGUUGAUAUCUGGGCUAUUGGAGUAAUAACAUACUUCUUGCUGUGUGGUUAUAUGCCUUUUGACCGUGACUCCAAUGUUGAGGAAAUGCAGGCCAUCCUUGUAGCGGACUACUCGUUUACUCCUGAGGACUACUGGCGCAAUGUAUCUCCCACCGCGUGUGAGUUCAUUAAUAGGUGCCUUACCACUGACCCCCUUGCCCGUAUAACUUCCCAUGAGGCUCUCCAGCACCCCUGGAUCAACCCCCCAGCAGAUCCUAUGAACCCCGAAGCUACUGCAAAGGCUGGCACUGGUGAGGAUCUUCUGCCCGUGGUCAAGAAGAACUUCAAUGCCCGUCGAACAUUGCACAAGGCCAUUGAUACUGUUCGUGCCAUCAACAAAUUGAGAGAAGGUGGCGGUUUGAUGAUGGAUGGUGCAAUGAGCAUUGAUCCAAGGCCAGAAAAGGUCAAUGGUGACCAAGUUACCCCCGAAAAUGGAGGUCACGAUGGCCAUAUGGAAAUAGAUAGUAGGGGAAAUGCUAGAGGGCAAACUGAGGAGCAAAUUAGAGAACAAGAGAAGAGGGUUAAAAACGUGGUUACAGGGCUGUGGAACCAGUCUGCUGCUGGACGGCGGUGA